AUCGGCCCUGGAAUUAUCCGCUAGACUUUCAAUUGAUUGGGACCCACAUCUUUUUUUCGGUUCCAUCGAAGGAAUCAUUUGGCGAUAGCUUCACUCGCUCACAUAUUCAACAGUUUUUUUUAAGAUCCUCGCCGUCAUAAUUCUCACCAGCGCAGAGACGGGCUAGCCAAUCUACCGAGGCACCGUAAAAAUCCCGCAUUCAUCUCAUCCCGUUCUCCCUGUCGAGUCCGAACCGAGAGCCCGGCAGGGCACCGCACCGCACCGCACCGCACAAUCUUCCAAGAUGGGUGUCGUAAAUAUCGUCAACAUGUGCUCGCACCUACAAAAUGCGUCGCGAGCUCGCCUGGGCCUAACCUCCGUCCCGCAUACAAAAUACAACCUCUACCUAGCCUUAGCCCUACACCGAGGCGGCUAUCUCUCCUUCGUCACGCGCGGCGGCCGUUUACCCCCCGAUCCCGCUACCAUCUCGACCUUCGAGCCCGAGCCCUUGACGACCGCCAACGUCGCCCGCCAGCGCCUGUGGGUCGGCCUCAAGUACAACGCUGCCGCGGGCGGCGAGCCCGUCAUGGGAUCGAUUCGCCCUAUAACUACGCCCAAGAGGCCCGUCACCGCUAAGCUGCCUCAGCUGGAGCGCCUUGCGCGGGGUUUCGAUGCGCAUCCCCAUCGGGCCUUGAAUAUCGGCGAGUCUAUUAUCCUGACUACGAGUUUGGGUACCCUCGAUGUCCGCGAGGCUGUCGAGCGCAAGGUUGGAGGUUUGCUGCUGUGCCGGGUAGGCCCGUGAUCUAUCGUCUCGUUUGAUCCGUUCAGACGCUCCUAGGCUGUCUGCUUAAAGUUGGCGGGAGUAGCAUAGCCGUUUUUUGCGCAUUCUGGGUGGGGGAAGUUGGUAGGAGGUGCCAAGAACGAGAUGAAUCGACAGAACGAGUCUCGUUAAGGGAUAGGGCGAGAGGAUGAGACUAUGAGCCGAUACCCUCAUCUUGUGACUUGUGGUGUCUCGUCUCGUACGCCAUACGCGUGGCCUCGAAUUCCAGAGGCGUAUGCUGGUCAACGUUCCAUAGACGAAAUACAAAACGGACAAGCAGGCAAAGGGUAGCAGAAAGGCUUCAUGUAUAUAAAGCAAGGGAAAAUAGGCAUCGGCUGCUUACCUGUGUACUUGACUGUACUAUAUCUACUCGCAUAUCAUAAAAUAUCCGAUGGCACAUCUCAUACGUUUACGUGUAGGAGCAGAAGACUCUAACCAUGAAUGCAGGACACAUUAGAUACACUAUUACUCCCAAUGCCUUGCCAGACACCAUGCGGAAGACAUAACCACCCCUGUUAAAUAUACCUGUUAUGAUGCUAUAGCUAGGCCUGAG